AUGGACGAGCUUUUCGACGUCUUCGAGGACAAGCCUCAGGCGGUUCAACCGUCUGAUGGCGUCCCAAAGCGCUCUAGAAGAGACAAGAGCAGGAAACGUCAAGCCAACGGCAGCGUCAAGGCAAAGGACGCUGCGCCGGUCGAGGAACCGGUCGACACGGCCUCUGCGGAUGAACCCAUGGCCGAUGCAGAGCCAGUCGCCGAUGUGCCUACCCCCGAGAAUGAACAGCCGGAAAUAAAGCGCCAAAGACUGGACGAGGCCCCCGCGCCACUUGUCGCCGAUACCUUCGAAACCGAACAAGAGGUUGAGAUCACCGCCGGUGGACUGCAAGUCUCCCCAGAUUCCUCGAUCACGGUGUCUCACCAAGUGCGCCAUCAAGUCGCCAUCCCACCGAAUUACCCUUACGUACCCAUCUCCGAGCACAAGCCGCCUGCUGAGCCUGCGAAGACAUAUCCCUUCGCCCUCGAUCCUUUCCAGCAAGUUGCAGUCUCCUCUAUUCAAAGAGAAGAGAGUGUGCUGGUGUCUGCCCACACUAGUGCCGGAAAAACGGUGAUUGCGGAAUACGCCAUCGCGCAAUGUUUAAAGAACAACCAACGAGUGAUCUACACGAGUCCGAUCAAGGCGCUGAGCAACCAGAAAUACCGUGAGUUUGCGGCCGAGUUUGGUGAUGUAGGUCUGAUGACCGGUGAUGUUACGAUCAAUCCCACUGCCAGUUGUCUGGUCAUGACUACGGAGAUUCUGCGUUCCAUGUUGUAUCGUGGUUCCGAGAUUAUGCGUGAAGUCGGUUGGGUUGUUUUUGACGAAAUUCACUACAUGCGUGACGCCAAUCGUGGUGUUGUGUGGGAGGAGACCAUCAUUCUCCUUCCCGACAAGGUUCGAUAUGUCUUCCUUUCCGCCACCAUUCCCAACGCCAUGCAAUUUGCCGAAUGGUGCACCAAAAUGCACAACCAGCCCUGUCACGUCGUUUACACCAACUACCGUCCGACUCCCCUUCAACAUUACUUCUUCCCGGCUGGUGGCGAUGGUAUCCACCUGGUCGUGGAUGAGAAAGGAACUUUCCGCGAGGAGAAUUUUCAAAAAGCCAUGGGUGCGAUUGCUGAUAAGAGGGGCGAUGAUCCCAGCGAUGCCCUCGCGAAGCGGAAAGGAAAGGGCAAUGAUAAGAAGAUUAAUAAAGGCGGGAAUAAGGGCCCCUCCGAUAUCUUCAAGAUUGUCAGAAUGGUGAUGCUGAAGAAGCUCAACCCCGUCAUCAUCUUCAGCUUCAGCAAACGUGAAUGCGAAAGCGGUGCCCUCCAACUGAAAAACCUUUCCUUUAACGAUGAUUCCGAGAAGGAGAUGGUUUCCAAGGUCUUCAAUAGCGCUAUCGAGAUGUUAUCUCCGGAGGAUCGUGACCUGCCUCAGAUCGCCAACAUUCUACCCCUGCUGCGAAGAGGUGUCGGUGUUCACCAUUCCGGCCUUCUCCCUAUCCUCAAGGAAACCAUUGAGAUCCUUUUCCAGGAGAAUUUGAUCAAGGUCUUGUUCGCUACUGAAACUUUUUCCAUUGGGCUUAAUAUGCCUGCCAAGACGGUUGUCUUCACCAGUGUUCGGAAGUUCGAUGGUACAAGCCAAAGAUGGGUCUCGCCGUCCGAAUUCAUUCAAAUGUCUGGUCGCGCUGGUCGAAGAGGUCUUGAUGACCGAGGUAUCGUGAUCAUGAUGGUGGAUGACCACAUGGAUCCUGCGGUUGCCAAGGAGAUUGUGCGCGGUGAACAGGACCGCUUGAAUUCCGCAUUCCAUCUCAGCUACAACAUGGUUCUCAACCUUAUGCGUGUGGAUGGUAUCUCUCCAGAGUAUAUGCUUGAACGGUGCUUCAAACAGUUCCAGAAUACUGGCAGCAUCGUAGACCUCGAGAAGGAACUACAUGAGCUGGAAGAAAGGCGGGCGAACAUGGUCAUCUCUGACGAGGGUACAAUCCGUGAAUAUUAUGACCUGCGAAAACAACUUGACGGAUUCUCCGAUGACAUACAAGCCGUCAUCAGUCACCCCAAUUACUCUUUGUCCUAUUUGACAGGCGGUCGUCUGGUUCACAUCACAUACCAGGGUACGGACUUUGGCUGGGGUGUGGUUGUGAAAUACACCCAGCGGAGACCCAAGAACGCCUCGGAGAAAAUCCCUGACCACGAAUCAUACAUCGUUGAUGUGCUCCUGAAGCUUGCCGAGGGUCCUUCUGUCGGUACCAAGUCAUUCCAGGAUUUCCCUCCUGGAAUUCAGCCGGCCAAGGAAGGAGAAAAGUGCCGAUUUGAGGUUGUACCAUGCAUGCUCACUUGUCUUCGCGAGAUUUCUCACGUUAAGAUGAUGCUCCCUAAGGAUCUCACUUCGGUCGACAAUCGGAACAAUGUCAAAAAAAAUCUAGACGAGAUUAAGAGGCGUAUGCCAGAUGGCAUUGCGGUGCUUGACCCCAUUGAAAAUAUGGGCAUUACGGAUGAUUCUUUUAAGAAGGUGCUCAGGAAAAUCGAAGUUCUUGAGUCUCGUCUUGUUGGCAACCCCUUGCAUAACUCGCCUCGGUUGCCAGAACUUUACGAACAGUAUGCCACCAAGGUCAACACAACCACUCAAAUCAAGGAUGUUAAGAAGAAGAUUUCGGAGGCGACGGCUAUUCAGCAGCUGGAUGAGCUCAAGUGCCGCAAGCGCGUGCUUCGUCGCUUUGGCUUCAUCAACGAUGCCGAAGUUAUUCAAAUGAAGGCCCGAGUCGCCUGUGAGAUCAGCACGGGUGAUGAAUUGAUGCUGAGCGAAUUGCUCUUCAACGGUUUCUUUAACGAUUUCACCCCCGAGCAAAUAGCCGCCGUCAUGAGUGUGUUUGUCUUUGAGGAGAAGGUCAAGGAGGCACCUCCGCUAUCCAAGGAUGAGCUCUCGAAGCCUCUCAAGGACAUCCAAAAUGUAGCUCGGACGGUCGCCAAGGUUUCCCAAGAGUCCAAGCUGGCCCUCAACGAAGAAGAAUAUGUCAAUAGUUUCCAUUGGGAGCUCAUGGAGGUCAUGUACGAUUGGGCGAACGGCAAGUCCUUCGCGGAAAUCUGCAAAAUGACCGAUGUGUACGAGGGUAGCUUGAUCCGCGUUUUCCGGCGGUUGGAGGAAUGUCUGCGACAGAUGGCGCAGGCUGCCAAGGUCAUGGGUAGCGAAGACCUGGAGAGCAAGUUCGAGAUGGCGCUCACGAAGAUUCGUCGUGACAUUGUGGCUGCUCAAUCUCUGUACCUGUAA